AUGAAAGAUACUUUCAAUGCUGUGAUGACGCGCAUGUCGAAAUCUCUCCACGGAGCCCAGGAAAAGGGAACUGCCAAGAAUAACUUGAAUGAAACUUAUGCGCUUCACUACGGGUUGGGACCGUUUCGAGAUCCAGCAAGGAUCGAGUUCGAGCUGGUGACUUCAGAGGAAGAUCCUGAUCAAAGCAUCGUGAUCGCCUUUCACAACGCGCAAUCUCACGUCCUUGAGACUCUACCCACUGUACUCAAGAUGUCCUGCGGGUCUGCUGAGCUCCUCCUGGUCCUGGACGCCUGCACUGACUCGACGCAAGAAAUGAUCAUGGGCCUGAUUAACAGCAGUAAAUUCAGGGAAACGACCAUCUUCACGCGGGUCCUUCUUGUCGUGCAGCCGACGCCAGUGUGGGAGACUUCGUCGGAGAACAUCGGAUACAGAUUAUCACGGGCCACCAAGGCGAUCAUCUCUGUUCAGGCCGACAUGCUCGUGCAGGAAGUUUGUUUCAACCUUGCGAUGUACAUCCCCCUCCGAGUCUUCAACGAUGUCUUCGCCGUGUCGGCUCGUUGUGCUCAUGGAAACUCAACUUUCGUAGGAAGAUGUGGGACCGAUUACAACGAUCCUUUACCAGUCUACCAGCAGUGCAUUGCCAAGAAGUUUUUCACCAUUCGGGGAACUUGCAACCGAGGGCCACUCCUCUGGCACGCGCCCUCCUUGCGGCAGCUCGAGUUCCUUGAUGAAGGCGGGUUCUACCAGGAAGACGAUGAUCACGACCUGAUUGCAAGAGCAUACAGCAAAUUGCGCAUGGUAGCAGGGUACUACUUCGUUGGAACCUAUGGUCCCCGCCGGUGGGGGGCGUCUCGCAACCCCGCUCCUCUGUCAUCCUCGGCCACAGCCUAUCGGGACAUGAGGCUUGCAGCGCAGACAAGGAGAGCUCCCGUGAAGUACCCGCGCGUCUCUCAGACUCGCUUGAUGCUCUUCGCCACAGUCAUCUUCCUGCCAGUGUGGACAGACGUUGAAGAGCAGACGGCCAACUUUAUCACCGGUUACCGGCCCACCCCGCACAGCGCCAUCGUUGCCAUCGACUUUGGACUGGACAGAGUCGGGCACAGGAGGAUCGCAGGCCAUGAAAAGAUCUUGACGGUCGUGAGGGAUGGGUACAUAGGAAGGGUCUUGGAUUGCAGGAUCCUGCUCCACUACAUCGCGAGAUGGAAGUACAUAGUCCCAGCGAGCGAAUUCUUCAUGGUAUGUCCUCAGAAGAGAAACGCGACCAGGAGCGAGCCUCUGCUCAGACUGCCAGGAUUUGCUGCUUGCUAA